AAACCUUGUAUGCUCGAUUCCUGUCGACGGUCAGAGUGUUGCAGAGGUAUCGUUCUCGCUGCGUUUGAGUUUCUUAUCCGACCCCGCCAGUCCGAGACCUCUUUUCUGGAAAGCGCAGCGAGUGGAAAUCAGAAUACGACUCGAACUCUGGACUGCUCACCAUUGCAUGUGAGCUCCCUGUGCCCGAGGCAAGCGACACAUCAGCCCAUGGACGACAAAUGACAGCCAUGGAGGAAGUUCCAGAGAGUCUCCGACUCCGUGAGUCCCCGCCCAGAGGAAGCCGCUCGCGCAGAACGGCUCCUCUGAAGUGUAGCGACUGCCAGGUGACGUUUUCGACACAAACGAACUUGAACAGGCAUAUCAGGAAGCUUCACCCGGGACUCGUGAGGUGUUUCAUAUGUGAUGGCGAGGUUGGUACGAACAUAGCGAAACACCUCAAAGAAGCUCACGACACAGUUCUCAAAUACGUCAAGUUGGUCUUCAAGAGUGAAAUCCAUUUCCAGCUAUGGAAAGUGGAAGAGGAGAAGCGUUCCGGAGCUCAAUACGUCAGCACAUCGGGAACAAAGAAGACCGCUUCCUGCGUAGCGAAGAGAUACUUCGUAUGCCAUCGAUCCGGAAAUUUCCAAUCGAGGAUUCCGGACGAAAACCGGUCACAGAAAAAACGCCGGGCUUCAGUGCGUUGCGGAGUCAAAUGCCCAGCGAAAAUGACAUUGACCGUCGAUCCCGCGGGAACAUACAUUGUCGAAUAUCAAGAAACCCACCAUGGGCACGACCCAGAAGUCCCGAAGAUUCAAGAUGCUCCAGCCGGCAGCAAACCCUUAGGAUUCUUGGAGACCAUUUGGGAGCUGAGAAAUUCUCCCCGGUGGAAACGAUACGAAGACAGGGUUUACAUGCAUUUCGACCGGAAGCAAGCUAUUGUGAUGGUCGCCGAGCUUGCAGUGGUUCAUUCGGAAUUCCUGAGACCCUGUUUCUUGAGCACGAUCCUGUUCCAUGAAACGACGGUCCCAACGGUAUACGUACGAGGCGUCGAAAUUUGUGCGGAAUCUCUCCGAUGCGGGGACUUGACAUCGGAUACUGGUUGUUUCAAGUUGAUCCUCACAGUGAUCAACUCUCCGAAGUGCCCGGGUGUUGCAGACCAAGGAGAAGUGGUCUUCGAUAGUACAAUGGGAUAUCUGGACUCGACGAAUCGAUGGAGGCACGAAAGCUGUCCGAUUUUCAGCUCUGGGGGCAAGACUUGCCCCGACUGCGGAUCUCUGAAAACUCUUUUAGAUGACAUUUCUUUGAAUGCUUACACCUAAGUUACGAGCAUCGAAUCGAACAACCGUGAGUGCGAUGUCUGCUGU